CACAAGAGUCCUCAUCUUCUCUAGCAGCAGUGGGAGGGAACAGAAGGGUUCUGUUGUUUUUCUCUGCUUCCUUCUCGUUCUCCCUCUCCCUCUCUCUGCCUGUCGCCAGCUGCUGACCACGGCAGAUGGCCCUUAGGAAAACCUUUUGGAAUUCGCCAGUCUACCCUCUGGCCCAGGGAAUCUGUCUUUAACUGAUGCUUUCUCUCCAUAGAAAAAAAGAAGGAAAAAAAGAACAAACAGAAACUUCCCCCUGGAAAAGCAGGCUUUAGCCAGGGCCUGGAGAGCACACCCUAGACCCGGAGACCCUCCCAAAGCCUACAGGGGUCUGUGUAUUCGAAGGGUGGACAGGGCGGGGCUGAGGGGAGAAAGCUGAGCGGUGUCAGGAGCAUCCUCCCCCCCCCCAACCCCCCCCACUGCCCGACAGUGGUGGGCGUGAGGACGGAAACUGCUUCGACCAAGCCUGGACACCAACCAGCCUGUCCGCCCCAGGUGUUGACAGCUGCAAGAAGCUAUUGAAACUGAGCAGAGAGCAUCCUUCUCUGGAUCGGGAGCCCCCUAGGAAACUCCUGACUGAGUCCCUGAACAACUCCCUUUGGUUUAAGGCUUUCCUGGAUCUGCCUAUAUCUGAUGCUUCACUUUUCCCUGAACUAUUCACUGUGCUGAUAGCCAAGGCUGGAUUGAUCAUAUUGUGGUCACUGGGGAGAGUUCACCUGUGGAACACAACCUACUUGCUUCCUUCUAGUCAUGGAGCAUCCUCAAGCCAGCCAGCCAUCCUCUGAUGAGAUCGGAGCUCCAGAAGCAGACACCCUUGAAAAUAAUGAAGUCCUAUCAGAGCCAGAGUUAGACCCUAAGGACAAAGAUGCUCAAGAUACUAAAGGAGCAGUUGGAGGGCAGGAACCAAUAGACCAAGUCUCACUACUUAGCCAGGACGAGGGGAACCUGGAAUCACCACCUCCAGAUGAUCCACAACAGCCAGAACCAGCCCUAGACACCCAGACAUCAGCAGAGGCAGCAAAGGCAGAGGCCAGCCCCCAGGAGCUUCCCCAGUCUCCUUCAAACCAUCAGUCUGAGCCUGACUUUUAUUGUGUGAAGUGGAUCCCCUGGAAGGGGGAGCGGACACCCAUUAUCACUCAGAGCACCAAUGGGCCUUGUCCACUCCUUGCCAUCAUGAACAUUCUCUUUCUUCAGUGGAAGGUGAAGCUGGCACCUCAAAAGGAAGUGAUCACUUCAGAUGAGCUGAUGGCACACCUUGGAGACUGCCUACUAUCCAUCAAACCACAAGAGAAGUCAGAAGCACUGCAGUUAAAUUUUCAGCAGAAUGUGGAUGAUGCGAUGACAGUAUUACCCAAACUGGCCACGGGUCUGGAUGUCAAUGUGCGAUUCACAGGCGUCUCUGAUUUUGAAUACACACCUGAAUGCAGUGUCUUUGACCUACUUGGAAUUCCCCUCUACCAUGGCUGGCUGGUAGAUCCACAGAGCCCUGAGGCUGUGAGUGCAGUUGGCAAACUGAGCUAUAAUCAGUUGGUGGAGAAGAUCAUCACCUGUAAGCACUCAAAUGAUACCAACCUAGUGACUGAAGGCCUAAUUGCAGAACAGUUCCUGGAAGUGACAGCAGCACAGUUGACAUACCACGGACUAUGUGAGCUAACAGCGGCUGCCAAGGAAGGAGAACUCAGUGUCUUUUUUCGAAACAAUCACUUUAGCACUAUGAUCAAGCAUAAGAGUCAUCUCUACCUACUGGUCACUGAUCAGGGCUUUCUUCAGGAGGAACAGGUGGUUUGGGAGAGCCUACACAAUGUGGAUGGAGACAGCUGCUUCUGUGACUCAGACUUCCACCUAAGCCACACUCUGGGCAAGGAGGCUGGGGCAGGGAGUGGGGCUCAAUCUCAGGAAACACAACGACAAGUGGAUCAGGACUAUAUGAUUGCCCUGUCCCUCCAGCAACAACAGCAACAAGGUACUUUAGGUCUCAGUGAUCUGGAACUGGCCAGGCAGCUGCAGCAGGAGGAAUACCAGCAACAGCAGGCACAGCCCAUGCCACCCCGAGCCCCAUCACCACAGGAGAGAGGAGCCUCAUCUGGACGUCCGGCUGGAGAACGUAGGCAGCGGCCAAAGCAGGAGUCAGACUGCAUCCUUCUCUAGCCGUACCCCAAGCCAAGCAGCUGUGCCUAGUCUGAUGGGCCCCACUCCUUUGAGAGGCUUCUCAUUAUGGCUCCUCCAUUUGCCCGCCUGUUCACCCCAGCCCUUCUGGGUUUUCUUAGUAGUGGGGUACUAGGGAGCAGGGAGCAACAGCCAUGGCAAGAGCUGAUCAAGUCCAUGGGGCUAUUCUCAGUGUUGUCCAUGGGUUGUGCCUCCUAUAUCUCACACCCACUUGCUGCUGUCCCCUGAUCCUUCUCCCCAUUACACAGGGAAGCAUCAAGAUGAAGGGCAGGGCUUCAUGCUGCCCCAUCUUCUGCUCCCUAAUACAGAGACAUUAAUGCACAGACUCAGGCUCCUGGGUGAAAUUUCUUAGUCUAGAGUGGCCCUUUCUCCCCACAUCCAGUUGGCUGGACUUCUCUUGGCUGUCUCCAGGGUAUGCUUUUUCAUUUUGGUUUCAGGGUUUUGUUUGGGUUUCUACCUGGCAUUUGUAAUGCCUUCUUGGAAGUUUGAAAAUAAAACUUCUUUCCUGA